CAUAGAAGACCUACUAAGUUUUGCGUGGAAAAGUUGGAGGGAAGGGGCAGGAUUGAAUCUCCUAGAUCCAACUUUGAGAAAUGGUUCAACAGCUGAAAUGAUGAGAUGUAUCCAUAUUGGUUUGCUAUGUGUUCAAGAAAAUGUUGCUGAAAGACCAACUAUGGCUUCAGUUGUUCUCCUACUUAAUAGCAAUUCAACUUCACUCCCGGUGCCCUCUCAACCAGCAUUUUUUAAGCACAACCCUAUUGAAUCAGACAUGUCGUCCUCACGUGGCUACAAUUCAUGAGUAUCAAACUCAGGGAAAUCAAAGGAUGAAUCAGUCCCCUUGGUAAAAAAUGAUGUUUCAAUCACAGAGCUAUGUCCUCGAUAGUUUCUGAGAUUCAAAAGCAUGGAAAAGUUGGACGGAAGGGACAUGAAAUAAUGAGAUGCAUCCAUAUUGGGCUGCUAUGUGAAUUGGUCAAGAUAUAAUGUUGCUAACAGACCAACCAUUGCUUCAACUAUUCUCCUACUUGAUAACAAUUUAACUUCUCUUCGAGUGCCUUCUCAACCUGCGUGCAUUUUUUAAGCACAGCACUAAUGAAUCAGACAUAUAUCA